AUGCGGGGUGCGUUCUCCUUCAUCCCCGUCGACCGGGUUGAGGAUAGCGUAGAUCUGAUGAUGCGCCACCUUCCAGGUAGCUGUCCUGGCGAUGUUGUCGAUAGUUUCUUCAUCCGAAGAAUAAUUGGCACUACAGACAAACGGCGCGUCAUCCGAGCCCAAUCCAUGCCUGGUGUCGCAGUUGAGGACCCGAAUCAAAUCGAGUUCCCCGAGCUUGGUGAUGAAGGGGCCGAUGACAACGUCGGCGAUGCUGAUGAAGUUGUGGACGACAUGACUGCAGUAGCCGACGACAAGCCUUGUGCCAACAGAUGGUUCUGGGUGUCUGCAGAUGUGUUCGACAAGUUCAGAGAUAGCUCGGGCAAUUUCAGCGCCCCAAACCUACGCCUGAGUAGCGACGGCGGUCUGAGGGCUCUGCUGAGCUUGUACCACGCGGCUCACAUGGCGGUGCCAGGUGAGUCUGCUCUGGAUGACGCCAUAGAGUUCGCGCGGCGGCACCUCCAGGCCAUGAACGGCGAGCUCCGGUCGCCGGCGGCGGAGCAGGUCUCCCGCGCCCUAGACCACCCUCUCCCGCGGUACACGAGGUUGCUGGAGACCAUGCGCUACGUCGCAGAGUAUGCGCAGGAGGAGGUGCAUGACGGCACGCUGCUGGAGCUCUCUAGGCUCAACUCUAACCUCAUGAGGUCCCUUCACCUCAAGGAGCUAAAGGCCCUGACCUUGUGGUGGAGGGAUAUUUACAACGCCGUAAAUCUAACAUACUCUCGGGAUCGUAUGGUGGAGAUCUACCUUUGGAGUUGUGGGAUGAUCCCUGAAGAGGAGCACUCGCGUGGACGCUUGAUAUUCGCCAAAACAUUUGGAAUUGUGUCAUUUCUGGACGAUACUUUUGAUGUCCAUGCGACCUUAGAGGAGUGCCGUAGCCUCAAUGAAGCCUUUCAGAGGUGGGAUGAAAGCGCGGUUUCCAUCCUCCCUGAAUACCUACGCAUGUUGUACAUCAAAACACUAAGCAACUUUAAGGAGUUUGAGGAACUUUUAGAGCCACAGGAGAAGUACCGCAUGUUUUACGUCAAAAAGGCGUACCAACUGCAAUCGGCAUACUACAUGCAGGAGGCAGAAUGGACCAACGACAAGUACGAGCCAAGCUUCGCGGAGCACGAAGAGCUGUCUACCAUGUCCACGGGCUUGCCGAUGCUCAACCUCAUGGCCCUCAUGGGCUACGACGGCGCGGUCGCAACCCAGGAGGUGUUUGACUGGAUGAGCGCACCUGUCCCCGACAUGGUCCGGGCUGGCGCAGUGAUCGGCCGCUUCCUCAACGACAUCUCCUCUUACAGGCUGGGGAAGAACAAGAAUGACGUGGGUAGCUCGGUGGAGUGCUACAUGCAGGAGAAGGGAGUGACGGGGGAGGAAGCCGUGGCGGCGAUCGCUGCCAUGACGGAGCACCGGUGGAGGUUGCUGAACCGGGCGUGCAUGGAGACGAAGCGCGCGCUGCUGCCGGCGGUGCAGCUGGUGGCGAGCAUAGCGAGGACUUGCGAGGUCAUCUACCUCCGUGGCAGGGACGGCUACACCUUCGGCAGCCACGCCAAGGACCUCGUCACCGCGCUCUUCCUGGACCCCAUCCCUCUUUAA